AAAGUAGUCCCUUCUCGGCUUUUCUGCGGAGGGAUCUACCGGCGCUGCAUUACCGAUGACUAUAUAAGGUAGCGCCGGGUGUGGCGCAGGCAGUUCCGUCAGGCCCGGGAGAUUAGCUGCGUUUCUUCUGUCUUCGCUGCGUCCACCGCCGCUUGACAAUGCAGAUCUUCGUGAAGACCUUGACGGGUAAGACCAUCACCCUGGAGGUGGAGCCCAGUGACACCAUCGAGAAUGUCAAGGGGAAGAUCCAAGAAAAAGAGGGCAUCCCCCCAGACCAGCAGAGGUUGAUCUUUGCUGGGAAACAGCUAGAAGAUGGGCGCACCCUGUCUGACUACAACAUCCAGAAGGAGUCCACCCUGCACCUGGUCCUGCGUCUCAGAGGGGGCAUGCAGAUCUUCGUGAAGACCUUGACGGGUAAGACCAUCACCCUGGAGGUGGAGCCCAGUGACACCAUCGAGAACGUCAAGGCGAAGAUCCAAGACAAGGAGGGCAUCCCCCCAGACCAGCAGAGGUUGAUCUUUGCCGGGAAACAGCUGGAAGAUGGGCGCACCCUGUCUGACUACAACAUCCAGAAAGAGUCCACCCUGCACCUGGUCCUGCGUCUCAGAGGGGGCAUGCAGAUCUUCGUGAAGACCUUGACGGGUAAGACCAUCACCCUGGAGGUGGAGCCCAGUGACACCAUCGAGAACGUCAAGGCGAAGAUCCAAGACAAGGAGGGCAUCCCCCCAGACCAGCAGAGGUUGAUCUUUGCCGGGAAACAGCUGGAAGAUGGGCGCACCCUGUCUGACUACAACAUCCAGAAGGAGUCCACCCUGCACCUGGUCCUGCGUCUCAGAGGGGGCAUGCAGAUCUUCGUGAAGACCUUGACGGGUAAGACCAUCACCCUGGAGGUGGAGCCCAGUGACACCAUCGAGAACGUCAAGGCGAAGAUCCAAGACAAGGAGGGCAUCCCCCCAGACCAGCAGAGGUUGAUCUUUGCCGGGAAACAGCUGGAAGAUGGGCGCACCCUGUCUGACUACAACAUCCAGAAAGAGUCCACCCUGCACCUGGUCCUGCGUCUCAGAGGGGGCAUGCAGAUCUUCGUGAAGACCUUGACGGGUAAGACCAUCACCCUGGAGGUGGAGCCCAGUGACACCAUCGAGAACGUCAAGGCGAAGAUCCAAGACAAGGAGGGCAUCCCCCCAGACCAGCAGAGGUUGAUCUUUGCCGGGAAACAGCUGGAAGAUGGGCGCACCCUGUCUGACUACAACAUCCAGAAAGAGUCCACCCUGCACCUGGUCCUGCGUCUCAGAGGGGGCAUGCAGAUCUUCGUGAAGACCUUGACGGGUAAGACCAUCACCCUGGAGGUGGAGCCCAGUGACACCAUCGAGAACGUCAAGGCGAAGAUCCAAGACAAGGAGGGCAUCCCCCCAGACCAGCAGAGGUUGAUCUUUGCCGGGAAACAGCUGGAAGAUGGGCGCACCCUGUCUGACUACAACAUCCAGAAGGAGUCCACCCUGCACCUGGUCCUGCGUCUCAGAGGGGGCAUGCAGAUCUUCGUGAAGACCUUGACGGGUAAGACCAUCACCCUGGAGGUGGAGCCCAGUGACACCAUCGAGAACGUCAAGGCGAAGAUCCAAGACAAGGAGGGCAUCCCCCCAGACCAGCAGAGGUUGAUCUUUGCUGGGAAACAGCUGGAAGAUGGGCGCACCCUGUCUGACUACAACAUCCAGAAAGAGUCCACCCUGCACCUGGUCCUGCGCUUAAGGGGAGGUGUCUAAGUUCUCCCAUUUAAGCUUUUGGCAAAUUUCAUUGCACUUUUCUUUCAAUAAAGUUGUUGCAUUCCCAAA